ACUGAUUUGGAGAUGAAGGCUAUUUGUUCUUCAUCCCUUAUUACAACAGUUUGUGUGUUAAUAAACAAAGCAUUAUAAAUAUAAAUGGGUUUGAUUCUUGACUGGUUCUGGUUUCUAACUUUUUAUUUGUGUGACUGGAAGGAUUUUUUUACAUAACCACCAGCCUCCCACAGCAUCCGGUGCCAUCCCAUGAGUAUUUUUCUUUAUGCUCUUGUGAGUCGCAAAGUAAUCCCGAAAGUCCUGUUUUGCAUCAGAGGGGAACAAUGAUCUUGUGGCGAAACCAGUGGACUGAGAUUGAAGAUUUGGAUUCGGUUCUGGCUCCACCCCUGUCUUUCUUUGUGACCCUGGGCAGGUCGCUGUGCCUCCAUUCCCUGUCUGCAAAAUGGGAAUAAUACUUUCUCCUAUUCUGUGUGUCAUGUCUAUUUAGACGCACAUGGUUAUGAGCUUUAGGGUAUCAGAACUGCAGGUUCUCUUGGGUUUUGCUGGCAGAAACAAGAGUGGAAGGAAGCACGAGUUGCUUACAAAGGCGUUACAGCUGCUCAAAUCUGGCUGCAGCCCAGCUGUUCAGAUGAAAAUUAAGGAGCUGUACCGGCGAAGGUUCCCGAGGAAGAUCUUAACCCCUUCAGACUUAUCCAUGCUCCAUAUUCAGACAGGGCAACUGCCCUCCGCCACUGCACUGACGCAGGGCAGCACGGUGUGUCAUUUGCCCUAUGAUAACAGUUCAGCAGCUUCUACAGUGCCAACGGCUAUGUUGCCUCCGGUGCCUAUGCUGGGACCCAAACAUGAAACAGAUGUUCAGCACUUAUCCCCGCCCAUUCAUCCGGUCCAUCCAGAUGUCAAAAUGAAGAGGCUGCCCUUUUACGACGUCUAUGAUGAGCUGAUUAAACCCACCACAUUAGCAUCUGCGAACAGUCAGCGGUUUGAAGAGGCACACUUCACCUUUGCGCUAACACCUCAGCAAGUUCAACAGAUUCUCACCUCUCGAGAUAUCUUACCAGGUGCCAAAUGUGACUACACUGUACAGGUACAAUUAAGGUUUUGCUUGUGUGAAACCAGCUGUCCCCAAGAAGAUUAUUUCCCUCCUAAUUUAUUUGUCAAGGUCAAUGGAAAACUCUGCCCUCUGCCUGGCUAUCUGCCGCCCACUAAAAAUGGUGUGGAGCCAAAACGACCAAGCCGUCCCAUCAACAUCACUCCUUUGGUGCGGCUUUCGGCAACUGUUCCCAAUACGAUCAUCGUGAAUUGGUCCUCCGAGUUCGGCAGGAACUACUCUCUGUCAGUUUACCUGGUGAAACAGCUGACUUCAGUCACACUGCUACAGAAGCUGAGAGCCAAGGGCAUUCGGAACCCAGACCACUCCCGGGCCCUAAUCAAAGAAAAAUUAACAGCUGAUCCCGACAGCGAGAUAGCGACAACGAGCUUACGGGUUUCUCUCAUGUGUCCGCUGGGUAAGAUGAGGCUAAUAGUGCCCUGCCGAGCCAUUACCUGCACCCACCUCCAAUGCUUUGACGCGGCGCUCUACCUUCAGAUGAAUGAGAAGAAACCUACAUGGACCUGUCCUGUAUGUGAUAAGAAAGCCCCCUAUGACAGCCUGAUCAUUGAUGGGUUGUUCAUGGAAAUCCUCAACUCGUGCACAGACUGUGAUGAGAUCCAGUUCAUGGAAGAUGGCUCCUGGUGUCCCAUGAAGCCCAAGAAAGAAAACCAGGAGGUGUGCCCGACAUCUACGUACAAUGGGAUUGAGGCCAGCUCCCUUUACGCCGUGGGCUCUGACGGAAAGCAGUCCUUGGAGAGCAAAAAGAAAGUGGAGAUCAUCGACCUCACGCUGGACAGCUCAUCAGAUGAAGAGGAGCCUCCUAUCAAGAAACAGUGCCCUGUCUCCACGGUGGCUAUCCCGUCGGCAGUAGGGCCCAAGGGGGUGUUAAAUGUUGAUCACCAGCCCUCCUCUGUGCUUCGAAGUCCUCCCAUGGCAGCUAUCGGCAGCGACUAUCUCUCCAGCCUCCCAAUCCCUGAAUACCAUCCUUCCUACCAGGUGCCAUCAGAGAUUCAAGGUCUGGAUUUGUUUACCUUCCUUCAAAGUGAAAAUCAGCACUACAGCCCUUCCGUGAUCACAUCCCUGGAUGAGCAGGACGCCCUGAGCCAUUUCUUCCAGUACCGAGGCACGUCUACCCAUUUCAUGAACCCUCUGGCUCCUGUCAUGGCAGGAUCCCACAACAGCAUCAGCCCUGCCAGCGGCCGCAUCAGCAGCAUUGUCUCCACCACCACGCUGCGGGAGAGCCAUGGGCAUAGCGGGACAAUGAGUAGCAGCACAGCUCUCCCGGGCUGCAGGCCAGACAUCAUUUCCUUAGACUAGCCCCAAGCCCAGGGCAUGCUGGCAUCUUGUUUCCCCCGCCAAGGAUGGGAGAGAAAAGCAGAUUUCAGCAGCUGCUGUUGAGCUGGGUUUUUGUCUGGGAUGGAAAGGACCCAGCCCAUACCAGGUCUCCUAAGCGUGUGUCUCGGUCAGGGCAACACCCUUGUUACAUGCAACCUUGGAGCCUCACAGGCGUGGCUUUCAGUUCCGCACAUGCUUGCCUGAGCGUACUGGUACUGCUUGCUGGGGAGUGCCGGUGGCCAGCAGGUAAAUGCUGACCUCUGGUUAUCAAGACCAUUUUAAAACUGUGUUUUUAACUCUGUUGUUUGGUAGGAUUCUGCAGGAAGAUCCUACAGUGAUAAAUAAUCCCCCCCUUGGUGCUGUCCUGCUGGAACAGCACCAUCUAGUGGCCAAAGCAGGACUUAGCGGCCAUUCACCCCUGGGGAUCAGAGAAUAUCAGGGUUGGAGGGGCCAACCCCCUGCUCAAAGCAGGGCCAAUCCUCUGACAGAUUUUUGCCCCA